AUGAAGCGCGUGGCCCUCUCUGGGGUCACCCCAAGGCUAGCCCUUCCCCUGGAGCCCACUUCUCCCUGGGUCUGGUCUCAGGAAGGGUUGGCCCAAGACCUCUCCUCAGGUGGGAAACAGGGAAAGCAGAUGAAAGCUUCCUCCUCAGGGAACUCACAGGGGGGCCUGAGCGGGAAGAGGCCUUCUCGAGGCCUGGACCUGCCCUCGCAGGUGUCCAAGGCCUCCCAGCCCCUCCCCCAGGCUGGGGUCAGCACCAGGGAGCUCAGUCUCAACAGCCGUCAGGCCCUGGUGACGGGAGCCGGGCAAGGGAUCGGUCGGGCCACCGCAAUGGCCCCGCACGCCCCGGGGGCCAGCGUGGUGGCCCUGAGCCGCACCCCCGCCAACCUGGUCAGCCUCUCCAAGGAGUGCCCCGGGCUGGAGCCCGUGCACGCGGACCUGGGCGACUAGGAGGCCACGGAGCCGGCACUGGGCGGCGGGCCCGUGGACCUGCUGGUGAACAACGCCGCCGUGGCGCGGCCACAGCCCUUCCUGGAGGUCCCCAAGGAGGCCUUCCGCAGCAGGAGGCGGGAGAGCAGGCGGCCUGGGAGGGGCUGCGGCAAAGGCAGCGCAGACGGGCCCUGCUCCUUCUCAAGUGCCAGCUCUCUCCCCAGGAUCUUCGGUGUGAACGUGGUGGCCCAACGCAUGAUCGACUGCAGAGCGCCUGGCUCCACCGUCACUGUCUCCAGCAUAGCGGCCUGCACCCCCCUUCCCAAGCUAGCCCUCUACUCCACAAAGAGUGCAAUGACCAUGCUGCCCAAAACCAUGGCGGAGCUAGGGCCACACAAGAUGAACGUAUCCGGGUUGAACUCCGUGAACCCCACGUUGGUGAUGACGGCCUUGGGCCAAAAAGUCUUGAAGGACCUCGAGAUCGCCCAGAGGGUGGAGCGUAAUCGGUACCCGCUGCGGAAGUUGGCAGAGUUGGAGGACGUGGUCGACAGCAUCUUGUUUCUGCUCAGCGACCGCAGCGCCAGCACCAGCGGCUCCAGCCUCGUGGCGGACCCCGGGCUCCUGGCUUCCUAG